GCUGUUGCUAGGACAGAUGACAAGCUGUGUUCCAGUGACUUCCAUCUGUGUUAGAGUAAUAAUACAGCGUGCAGUGGUUUUGCAUUACUUUUCAAGUGGGAGAAGACUUCAUCACAGUCUCUGUUGAUCUGAAGUCUAGAAGGGGAAGGGAUUGGAGUUACCUGCCAGCUUAACUGCACCAGCUCUGUGGUGUUGAGUGUCUACUGGCAUUAGUUCUACAGGCCUUUAUCCACGAGCUGUCAGAUGGCUUUGUAGCUAUCUUUCACAUACUUAACUGCAGCAUGGCUUUGACUGUUUUUACACUGAAUAUUUUUAUAUUGAUUAAAAAUAGUUAACACUUUGCAUCUUUUCUCUGACUAACCCUUCUCCACUGGGUAAAGCUUAAGUUGUUUAUGUUCCGAGGGGCCCUCUGGAGCCCGUAACUAUUUUGUCAGCUGCUUUGUUGGUAGGAUGCAAGCUCCAGCACUGAUUGCAGCACUUUGCAUGCAUCAUUUUUCAGUAGGGUACAUUCCUCCCUUGCUCUCCCUUCCCUAUGCUUGAGCAAAAGUCCUCGUAAAAGUGUUCACAGCAGCCCUGUUAUUCUUCAGAGAAUUCUCUAAAAAGCCCUUUCCUACAAAGCACAGAUGGCAGUGGUUUGUUGAUCUUGCUGCCUAGCAGGCUGAUCAACGUGGCUUUGUUUUCUUCUACUUCACUAUUUGUCCAUUUGUCUUUACCUCGACUGUUAAGUGUCUUGUGACCGGGCUGGUGUUCUUGUUAGGUUUGCCUUGUGUGUAGGUGCUGAUGGUCUGAGCAAUGGCUGUGGUUCCCAGCAGAAAUGAUGAAAUAAUAAAGACAUGAAACAGGGAACUGAAUUUUUAUAACAAAGUUUAAAUGAAGAACAGAAGUUGUCUUCAAAAACAGAUAAGGAGAUGAAUGUUUACAAUGUGCUAAGGUCCGUGUAACCAAACUUGAAAAGACCAUGCCUCUUCCAGACACCCUGUUUUGUGCUCAGCAGAUCAAAAUCCCCCCUGAGCUACCAGAUAUUAUGAAACAGUUCACCAAAGCUGCUAUUAGGACUCAGCCUCAUGAUGUUUUGCAGUGGUCAGCUGCGUACUUUACAGCACUGUCAAAAGGUGAGCCCCUUCCAGUAAAAGAGAGGAUUGAAACACCUUCAGCAAAACAGAAAAUGGAUGCUGGUUUGACCCCAGGACUCCUUAAAGUCUUGCACAAACAGCUUUCUGCUAAAGGCACUGUAAGUGUUGCAGAACUGAAGGAAAAAUGGAAAGACUUGUGCUUGCCAGAGGAGCAGCUGGAAGCUAUCCUGCAGUUGGACACCUUUGAUGAAGAGGUGGAAUGGAUGAAGAUUCUGGCACUUGGGUGCAGCGUGCUUGGUGAGUCCUUGCUGAGUUCAAUGAAACACGCCUGUGAAAUUUUAACACAGGACCCGGAAGGUGGAGCAGCUCGUAUUCCCUAUGAAACGUUUUCAUUCCUUUAUUGCUAUUUGGCAAGUAUCGAUGGAGACAUACCAGAUGAGAAGAUCAAAGCUUUCCUCCAAAAGAUUAAAGAAGAUGCUGACAAACAAAGUGGCAUGGUACUGCUCAGAAAUUUUCAGAGCCAGCCCUCGACACGGUUUUGAUCAAGUUGACUCUUCAGCACCAGAUGAGGCUGGAAAAAAUGAAGUAAAUACAAUACACAAAGAACCUCUUCUCCAGCACUCCUUUUUCUUUAUUUCAUUCUUGAAAUUGCCUUUUAUCAGAGUGAAUUGAACGUAUUGUCAUAUUGUUUUUUCACUUCUGAAAUACUGCUGCUUGCAGCUUGGGAGUGGUACUUUCACUAAUUUGUUUAUAUUUAAUCAAAUGGAUUUCGUUAAUCUUUCUACCUAGACUCUCUGAAUAGAAAAUUAAAUUUAGAGAAGACUGGGCAGAUAUAAGACUGGUUCAUUUCUUAAGUAAAUUAACAAUUUUCUUCUUAUUGUUUUUAACUCCAACAAAAGCAUAGCUUGUCUUUUGACUACCCUGUCUGCAUGAACAAACUCUAGUCGAACAUAUGGUUUCACCAAGUGCUGCUCAAAGACCAUGAAGAACACUGUAGCCAAGAUGGUGAAAAAAAUAUCAACUAGACUAAUGGCAAUAGUUCCAUCUAGUUUGAUCCCUAAUUUGGACUCAUCAUCAUAGAAUGACCUGGGUUGAAAAGGACCACAAUGAUCAUGAGUUUCAACCCCCUGCU